AUGGCCGGUGACGGUUCAUCCAGCAAGUCGCCAGCAUCAAAUGCUCAUCACUUGACAAACUCUAGCACUUCAUCUACCAACACCACGGAUUCAUAUCAAUCGUCGUCAAGACCUUUUUUACAUUCCUUACACACUGCACCACAUAUCACAUCAGGAGUAUUGCCAUCGCUUAUCACCACCUCAUCUACUCAUUCCAGCACCACUCCUGAAAUGGACAAAUUUGCUCCCACUAAAGAGUCGUGGAUUGACUUGCAAAACACUGUUUAUCCUGCAAUUCGUUUUGGCUCUGUUUCUAUCGCGGCUAUAUGUGCUGCAUUCACUGGAGUGAUGUUUGGAUAUCCUUUCGAUUCGAUUAAAACAAGGAUGCAGGCAUACAUUUACCCAUCGACAAUAGCAUGCAUUCAACAAACCUACGCUCAAGAAGGCUUCAAGGGAUUUUACCGCGGAGUACUCCCUGUAGCUGUCACUGUUUCUAGUCUUAGAUCAAUUUCAUUUUCUGUUUAUUUCAAGUCAAAAGAUGAGUUUUUAAAACUAUUGCCAAACAUAGGCGUGAUGGCCGAGGGAUCUACUGCGAGAAUAUCGGCUGCUUCAUUUUUUGCUGGUGGAACGACAGGAAUGUUUAUGGCUGCACUCAGUGCUCCAAUGGAACUUGUCAAGGUUCAAAGACAAUUAGAACAGGCACCCUCAAGUACAAGCAUGCUUAAAACACCAACCAUAGCAACCACCUCAGUAUCAACGGCGACGCAAUCUGCAUCGAUCCAUUCCGCAUCAACCACGAAUUCGCUGCUUGCAACCAAAUCAGCAAGUACAGGGAAAACCACUUGGCAAUGGUUUAAACAUAUAUAUCGGACAAAGGGACUUCAAGGGUUUGCCAUUGGAUUUCAUGUUCAGAUCGCAAGAGACUUUUUAGGUACAGCGCUGUACUUUUCUAUUUAUGAAACAUUCAAGAUAUGGGCAACGCCUGUAGAUGAAGUGCCCGGACCCAUGAUACAUAUGCUAGGUGGAGGUUUUGCGGGCUCUCUAUCCUGGCUUUUUUUAUUUCCGUUAGAUGUAAUCAAGAGCGUGUUUCAACAAGAUGCAUUUAAACCUCAUCCACAAUACCGUCGAGCAGUUGAUUUUAUUCGCGAAAGAUUUGUCCGGCAGGGCAUACGAGGGUUUUAUCAAGGCAUUGGUCCACAGCUUAUUCGUAGCUUUCCUCUACAUUCGUUGAAUUUUUUAGUGUAUGAACACAUGCUGAAAGUAUGUAAGAAUAUUGGACUGAAUACGCAAAAAGAGGUCGGAUCAAGUCGAGACUGCUGA